AUGAGUUUAGCCCGACCAGCGAGAUGUCUGUUCUGCAGCUUCUCCCGUACUGCUACGCAGGGCCCGCGAGUCCCCCGUCGCCAAUUCCACCCAUCGCCGGCGCACUUGACGAACCGGAAACCCAAGUUCCCGAAUAUCAAGGCCCUUGAGACCCAAAGUGCAUCCGGGCCGAAACCAGAGGAUUUCAAGCCUUAUACAGAGGAGGAGAAGGCCUACCUGGCCAAGGAGUACUCGGCCGCGCAGAUGGAGGCUGUGAAGGCCGGCGAGGCCGCCAUUGACCCCAAGGACCUGGCUGAACAGUUGAACGAGCGCGAUGACCCAUUGAAAUUCAAUUACGUCGAUGACUUCUCGGUGAUUGAGCCCGGUAUCGACCGACACGUGCGCGCCCCCGAGUCGAACUCAGACUACAACUUCAAGCUCAAGAGCGAGGACGACUUCGUCAACGACUUCGGCCGCUUUUUCGCGGAGAUGCCAGAAGAUGCUACAGCUGCGGAUUUUGUCCGGUUUACGGACGAGCUGCGCUUGACACACGGCAAGGAGGAGAACGAGUUGAACCCACACAGCGCUCUUGUUCCCGAUCUCUUCGGUCCUGGUGAGACCAUUGACGAGCCCCGCGUUGAGGAGCGGAAGAGUGCUGCCGAGAAGGGUGAGAAGGAACGAUCACUGAAGGCCGAAGAGAUGACCGAUGCUCUGAAGAGCCUUCUCCUCGCUACGGGCUACACUGCGGAUCAGAUCCGCGACUUCAAACUUAAGACUCUGGUUUCGCACUCGGUUGUAAACCAGACCCGUCUAGGCAAGGUCCGCCGUGCCUAUCGUCUGUCCAUCGCCGGCAAUGGCAAUGGCCUGUUGGGGAUCGGUGAGGGCAAGUCCGACGAAGCUGCCGACGCAAAGACCCAAUCGCAGUACCGCGCCAUCCGCAACAUGCAGCCGAUUCCGCGCUAUGAGAACCGCACCAUCUUCGGCGAUGUAACCGGCAAGGUCGGAGCCGUGCAGCUCCAAUUGAUGCACCGUCCCCCAGGCUUUGGUCUCCGUGUCCAGUACCUGAUCUACGAAAUGUGCCGCGCCGCCGGUAUCCACGACCUCGCUGCCCGGGUCGGCCGCUCCCGCAACCAGAUGAAUACCGUCAAGGCCGCAUAUGAGGCACUCAUGAGCCAGCGGGACCCGGAGGAAGUUGCCCGAGCGCGUGGGCGGAAGAUGGUCGAUGUGCGCAAGGUCUACUACGCUGGAAAGGUCUAG